AUGCAGAGCAAAGAAUUCAUAGAAACAAUCGUCGAUAAUGUGACUGAGGCUAUUGUAAAAACUCUCGAUAAACGGUUCACCGAUUUGGAGAAUUCAGUGGCGUCCCUCAAAUCAGAUUUUGAUUCGGCACAACAUAAAAUUGCAGAAAAAACUCAAUCAUUGGAAAACACCAUGAGUGAUGAAACCCGUAAAAGAGAGGAAGCUGAAAUGAAACUUGAAUAUUCUGAUCAACUAAGUCGACAAACAAGUCUGAGAAUCUUUAACCUCAGAGAAAUGUCAAAAGAGAACACCAGGACCGAAUUAAUUGAUCUUUUCAAUUCGAAAAUGGGGAUGAAGCUGAAAUCUGAAGAUAUAGAAAUAUGUUAUAGAGUGGGUAAACAAAAUAAUAAACAUUCCCGAUGUACAUACUUGAAGUUAAGCAACAUAGCAGUGAAACAAAACAUAUAUGCGAAGAAGAAGAUGCUCAAAGGCACUGGAAUAGUCGUUAAAGAAGAUCUGACCAAGAAAAAAGUGGAUCUGGUGAAUCAAAUAGCUGAAAAAAUUGGUUUUAAGAAUGUGUGGCCUGAAAAUGGGAAAAUUUAUGUAUUUCAUAAUGAAAGAACUCAAUUAAUUACCAGUACAAAUAAUCUCCAAGAGCUACAAAAUAAAUAA